AUGGGCUGCACCGCAGGGCCCCUCGCUGGCCAACCACAAGAGGGGCCUUCCCUGGAAGCUGGCGGGGCCAAAGUCCCCGAGGUGCUCUCCUCCCUGGAGCGUCUUUCCCAGGCCACCGGCGGCAUGGAGAAGUCUUGGUACCGCUGCAUCUUCCCAUUCGGAAUCAUCUCGCUGGUGAUCGGCGUGGCGGGGACGGGGGUCACUUACGCCUACAAUGACCUGCCGCAAACCAAGGUGGUGUCUUUGGUGCUGCUGGUGACGGGACUGAUCCUGCUGGUGAUGGCCACCGUCUGCUGGAGCGCGCAUAAGAAGAAGCGGAGGAAAAAGAAAGAGGCCGGCGGGUCGUUGGCCUCGGAGCAGUGUCCCCUGUGAUGCACAACUUGGAGACCCGGCACGCCUCCUCCUUCAUGUGCGGCGGUGCCUCCGUUCUCCCGGGGUUCACUCCGGAUCUGUUUCGUCUGGGCCAUUUUGGACUGGCAAGGAGGGAUCCACCGCCGUGUCUCCUUUCCAGGUGUCCGGUGUCAAAACAACCUCCAAGGAGAUAAACGCACACACACACACACACACUGGCUCGUCCAACGCCGCUGACGCCGGAGUCACUGCUGCCGUCACGGGGCGCGUCAGUCGCAGCAUUCCUCCUGCCGGGACAGGUGACUCUGGGAGAGAGAGAGAGAAGGGGGGGCAGAAGUGGGCCGGAGAAGACGGCAACUUGAUACCGGGCCCAAAGAGCAGUGCGCCCACGUCAGCGGACAGCGUCACCGCCUCGUCCUGUGACACCGCAGCAAUGCCUGCGUGCAUUUGGAGAGAGGGGGGGGGUUACUUUUUUUAUGCAACGGGAGACUGGAACUUGAGUCCUCUGAGGAUCCUGGGGAUGAAGACCUUGUGAGCUGCUGAAAGGGACGGGGGAGGAGGAGUACGGACUUCGUGUGAAGAAGAUAUUUGCACAGUCAAAGGGUCCCUUGCAACUUUCUUAGUGCAUGUGGUACCCCCCCCCCCCCCCCCCAACUCCACAGGAGUCAGGCCAGGAUUACUGAAGGACACAUGCCAUAACGGGGACCCUGGCCUAGCCCCUCCCGCUUCGUGCCUUGAGCAAGCUCACAU